GGCGGCUCCGGCGUUGGGGGGGUGGCGGCUGCGGUCUAUGAGGGACUCCCGGGCGCCGCAGGAACCGGCGAGCCAUGGACGGGGGUGGGGGGGUCUCCUCCUCGGCCCUGGAGAAGAACGUGGCGGAGCUGACGGUCAUGGACGUGUACGACAUCGCCUCGCUGGUGGGGCAGGAGUUCGAGCGGGUCAUUGACCAGCACGGCUGCGAGGCCAUCGCCCGCCUCAUGCCCAAGGUGGUGCGGGUGCUGGAGAUCCUGGAGGUGCUGGUGAGCCGCAAUCACAUCAACCCCGAAAUGGAGGAGCUGCGGCUGGAGCUGGAUCGGCUCCGGCUGGAGAGGAUGGACCGGAUCGAGAAGGAGAAGAAGCACCAGAAGGAAUUAGAACUGGUGGAGGAUGUAUGGAGAGGGGAAGCACAGGAUCUUCUUACCCAAAUUGCUCAGCUUCAGGAAGAGAACAAACAGCUGAUGACAAACCUGUCGCACAAAGACAUCAAUUUCACAGAAGAGGAAUUUCAGAAACACGAAGGAAUGUCGGAGAGGGAGAGACAAGUGAUGAAGAAGCUGAAGGAAGUGGUAGAUAAACAAAGGGAUGAGAUCAGAGCCAAGGACCGGGAACUGGGACUUAAAAAUGAGGAUGUGGAGGCACUGCAACAACAACAGAACAGGCUAAUGAAAAUUAAUCAUGACCUUCGGCACAGAAUCACAGUAGUUGAGGCUCAAGGGAAAGCGCUGAUUGAGCAGAAGGUGGAAUUGGAAGCAUAUCUGCAAACCAAGGAACAGGAGAUGGGCACUUUGAGGGCAGAGCUUGGGAAGCUGAGAGAGAAGCUACAGGGGGAGCACAGCCAAAAUGGAGAAGAAAUAAAGACAGAACCUAACAAUGAUGACUUUCUCUCUGAAUCGGAGAAGAUGGCUCUGGAUUUAAAAGAUCCAAACCGUCCAAGAUUUACUCUACAAGAACUACGGGAUGUCUUACACGAGCGGAAUGAACUGAAGUCUAGAGUGUUUUUGUUGCAGGAGGAGCUUUUAUAUUAUAAGAGUGAGGAAACAGAAGAAGAAACUAGAUCCCCUCAACCUACACCCAUAAUUAAUUCAAAAACCUCAACUCAGCCAGAAUCUGGAAUCAAACGACUGUUUAGUUUCUUCUCUCGUGAUAAAAAACGCAUGCAGACGACACAGAAAAACGUUCACUUCCAGGAUACUUUUGGCGAAUGGGCAGAUUCAAACAAAGAUGACUCCUACACCGAACAAGGCCAAGAGGCCCUUCAGCAUCUGUGAUUAACACUCCAAGCCGUGUUGCUUACCACAGUAGAUCUGAACAUUCUAGUAACAAGAAGCUUCCAUAACCAAAUCUGGCAGCUCAUUUUUUUUAUUUGCCUGGCACAUGUUGACGGUUGUUUCAGACCAUACUUUUUCAAAGGGAUUCCUCAGUGUUUACUUGGCGACUACUCUCCGAAAACGGAAUCCAGGCUCUGUAGUAAUGGUUAUUUAUACUCUCGGGUAUCGAAACUUCUAGAUAACUGGUUUUGUGCUCCAUAACAAGUCUGUCUGACUCUUGCAUUAACUACAGUAACACAAGCUUCUUUAAACCAAAAAGCCCCCUGUGCCCUUAUUAGAGGUUUAUUUGCAUUGUACAAUAUCUAGUGGGGAAGACUCUGAUACCAUGUUUGUUAACUGGGGCGGGGGGGGGGGGAUUUUUCUUAGUUCUGUUAAUGACACUUUCAAAGAGAGAGUUUGCAGUGUAUACACUAUUUCCAGGGCAGGUCUUACCACAGCUGUAUCCUGUCAAACUCACAGGUUGCAGAGAAACUUCUUGGAACUUCAACUGAUAAAAAUACAGAAACUGGAACAGCUGUGCGGGACGGUGAUUGUAUAUUCCCCCUUGUUGUUUAUAGUGCCUAAAGCAUGUAGAUACUGAUGUACAAGGUGAGUGUGCCUUGCCUUUUGCUCUGAGUUAUGCAGUAUUAACAGAAAAUGAAUUGCUCACAUGGAGGAAUUCUAAACACUCUGCAUUUGUUUUCUUCUUCGUACCAUGCCCUUUUCCCCUCCACCCCUCCUCUCUAUGUGUAAUAUCAGACCUCUGCUGUACAGGAAAUAGAUCACUUUCCCACAAAUGGCUUUGAACAAAGCCCCAGGCAGCACUUACACAAGUUCUUAUUCCCUAUCUGAAAACCAUUUUAACACAAGUAUAGUGGAGGUUUUAAGUCAGAUGAUAACUCCUUUGUUCUGUGUAGAGACAGUCCCAACCCCCAAUCUCACCUCCAGCUCUCCCCAAAAUUCUGUUGGGACUGUGGGGACAAUAGACUCUAAAACCCCAAUCAUGCAGGUUAUGCCCUAAGCUAACA